CGUUUCAUAAUUUAGGAAGCAAGCUACAUACAAGAUACAGCUAACUAAUACAAUCGUUAUCAUAGAUUUAAUAUCGAGGCAACUGCGGUGACAACUGAGCAGAUACGUUUUGCUUGCUUGUUAUCUCGAUAACAUUAUCAACAAAAAUGAUGGUUUACAAGUUUUUAAGAUUGUUUGUUUUACUUUCAAACUCAUCGCCACAGCCCUUCUUAUGGAGUCCAAUAAUCUAGUUUUUUUCAUUUUCAUUUAUUUUUCAUUGAAACUGAACAUCAGAAAGCUUGCUUUGAUUACUUUUUUAGGUACUUCCUCGUUUUCGGAAGGUUUUCUUUUUCGUGAGGUUCGGGCAAUGGAUGAUUUAUUUUAACUAGAUUAUAAAUGCUUAUCAAUUGUUGAUGAUUUGUUUCUGCACUGACUGUGCUUGAGAUAUGACAAGGUAGCUCAAGGAGAUCAAGGAAACUAGUGCUGCUUGUGACGAAUCUUGAAAAAAUAAUUAAUAAACAAAGGAAUAGAAAAGAAGAAAUAAAAAGAAAACAAAUAAAUGAACAUGGUAAAAUGAUUACAAUUUGAUGUUGAGCUGAUCUGGCACAUCCUUAUCAGAGAUUGUGUGACGAACCAGGGUUCACGUUACACACCUUCUGUCCACUCCAAUCGAACGCGUGCAGAAAUCCAAUUGUCAUUAUCGAAACUUUGUUCAAGCUCCAUUAAGCAAGCACAACAGUCAUAUAAUAAUAUGCUUGUAGUAGGCUGAGUAUUCACUAUGGAUUCACACCUACAGAGAAAUACAAAAAACAAACCUUGAGGUGAAAUCAACCAAGUCAUGUGAUCGAAUCGAAUAACUGAUCGAUUAAAUAUUCGAUUGUAUAUUACUCCUGAUCAAGAAGCGUUCCGCAGCCGUGGACGAUGAAUUUCAAUCGUCUUGGAGCACGCUUUUUUGCGGGACGGCGGAAAGGGCUGAGGAGGCGAUCGAGUUUAUACGAACUGUCGCGAAGUUCGGAUUCUAUGGACCUUUCGGUGUCAGGCAAAGUCAGCGUGCGGUCAAUCCAUCCCAGCAUCCUCCACAGGCAGUUCUGUUUUCAGGUCAUGUCGCCGAACGAGGUCAAGUAUUUUUCUUGUCGAAGUGCUGACGAACUGAAUAAAUGGAUCAAUAGUAUUAAAAAGUCAAUUCAACCUUCGCGCGAUAAGCAACACAGGACAGAUGUUGGAAUGACGCUGUGGAUCCUGGACGCCAAGGGCUUGACUAUCAAAACAAAGAAAAGGUACUAUUGCGARGUUCUUCUUGACAAGAACCUGUUUUCAAGGACAACUGCCAAGACUAAAACUGAAAGCAUUUUCUGGGGAGAAAGUUUUGUUUUUGAUGAUCUGCCAGACUUUGCGAAACUCACGGUAAAUAUUUACAAAGAUAGUGAUUCGAAGAACAAGAAAGGCAAAAGAAAAAUUAUCGGUAGCGUCGAUGUCCUCGUCGAGGAUCUGGACAAUAACCAAGAAACUGAAAAAUGGUUUCCUGUCACCUUGACAACCAGUAAGGCAGCCAAUGGCGAAACGCCUAGUAUUCGACUGAAAAUCAAGUACCAGAGGGUUUGUGUUCUACCAAUAAAGGCUUAUAGUGAAAUAUUAUCGUACAUUAAAGACAACUAUAUGUCUCUGUGUGAUACGAUGGAGUCGGCUGUCAGCUCGAAAGUUAAGGAUGAGAUAGCUGGUGUCAUUCUUCGAGUUUUGGAGCCMAUCGGCAAAGCAAGAGAAUUCUUGGUGAAUAUCGUCAUGAAUGAAGUCAACAAACUCGCGGACGAAAAUUUGAUAUUCCGGGGAAACUCUUUUGCCACCAAAGCAAUGGAUACCUACAUGAAAAUGGUUGGAGAAUCGUAUUUGCAAGAAACUCUGGGUAAUUUUAUUGUGUCUGUUUACAACACAAACGAAGACUGCGAGGUGGAUCCGUCUAAGUCAUCUACAGGAAAUUUAGAAGGAAAGAGAGACAGUUUGAAGUCAUUCGUCGAGAAAGCUUGGCUAAACAUUGUGAACUCAUCCCAGUAUUUUCCGAGAGAUCUGCAAGAGACCUUUUAUAAGUUCCAAGAACGUUGCGCCAACAGAAACAAAGAAUUGAGCAAUAAUUUAAUAAGCUCGUCUAUUUUUCUACGGUUCUUAUGCCCCGCCAUCUUAUCACCAAGUUUGUUYCAUUUAGUCCAAGAGUAUCCCAACGAGAARACUUCAAGAACCCUGACUCUUAUCGCUAAAGUCAUUCAAAACUUAGCGAAUUUUACAAGGUUUGGAGGCAAAGAGGAGUACAUGGGAUUCAUGAACGAGUUUGUGGAAAACAAUUUCGAACAAAUGAAGAACUUUUUGGAAACCAUUUCGGCUCAACCAGAGGGACGAGAAAACCGUUUUGACGCUGGUAUAGACCAUGGCAGAGAACUCAGCGUGCUUUACACAACACUUAAGGAACAAAUGAGCAAACUCGACCAGGGAUCGAAAGACAAACUGGGAUCUCUCCAAGUUGUUCUUGAUACAUUAGAAGAUGCUUAUAAAGAAUUCAAUGCCGACGAAAUUGACUCGGCACCACCAMGAAAAUGGGCUUCGUCGUCAGAUCUGAUUAACGAAGAGARCAACGAUAUCACAUUAACACCUGUACACAAACACAAUAAGCGACCCGACGACUCUCCGACUCCAAGCCGAAAAACGCCCGAKUAUCGGCCGAACACACGAAAAUCACMACGAAUUCUCCCRACUCCGGGCCAUUUAGUCGUCGAUCCUAAAGAUAUCAUCGUAGCAUCUCCGUACGAUCUCGAGAAUCGUCGGUUUUCAUCUCCCUUGUUAGGCAUUGAUCACGAGAAAGAGGAUUUGUCGUCGACUAUCAGUUCGUCACAUCUUCGGCGUCAUUCGUACUUGAAUGCUGUAAACGACGAGAUAGCGACUCCACGAAGGUUUACCGAAACCAACGCGAUAAUAGAACAGAAAGUUCGGAAGAUGAAGUUGGAUUCUCAAAAUUCAUAUAAUAGARGUARYAGUGAUGCRGAGAGUCACGACACGUUUUCUAGUGGAGAAGGCGUUCGCAGUCUCUCWAAACUUGAACUUUCACGUCAUUUAUCAGAAGUACCCGGCAAACUUUCGCGUCAGCGACCCUGGUCACUAGCGAUUGACACGCCCACUAGAGGCCUGGAGACUACCCCAAGGACAAGGACGUCACCAGUGAUAACGGACCGUUCGCGUACUUUACAGCCGAGCACCAGUUCACCAAGGACCUCACGAAAAGCGUCCCCUUUGGCGAUCAUUGAUAGUAUAACAAGAGGACCAACCGAGAGGGACUCGGAUCAUAGCUCCCCCGCGUCGUCACCAAUACCACAGCGAAGAACUCCACAGCCAUCUCCGAGAUUGCUCCGAGUCAACUCCGAGCACAAAAACUCCCCCAAGAAUAUAGCUCGUACUCCAUCGGCAACGAGUAGUAGUUCGAGUGGGAGUAGUGGGAGUUGGAGAAGUUCUAGUUUUGGUAGUGGUAGCAUUGAGAGAGGACGAAGAAGACAUGUUCUUCCGUCGACACCAGGUCGACAAUCGCCACGCAGAGAUUCGAAUUCAACCACAGGGUCAAAAACAGAGGAAAACAAUMGAGAUAACAGUGUAUCUGGACCAAAUCGAUCAAACGAGGAAAUAAUAAAGGAAUUAUCCCGCGAACUCCAGGAAACCAAAAAAUCACUGGCUUCUACGCAUGAACAGCUUAUUCUACAGGAGUCYAGUACCCAUGUUCUUGCAGCAUCAUUCAAGGAACGCCUUGCAGCAACGGAAGAAAGUCUCAAAAAGAUGCGCGAAGAAAGAGAAAAGGAGGUGAAAGAUUUGCUAGAUAGGCUUGUCAAUAUGGAGAACGAACUGGCAAAAGAGCGAGAAGAGAUGCAAGAGAUGCURCAAGCRAAGCAAGUUAUCAUUGAAGCGCAAGAGAAACGAAUUAAGUCACUCGACGCGACUAAUUCGCGACUUGUAGCGACACUUAAUCAAAUGAARRCAAGAGAYAAAAUSAAAGUUAAUCURGACAAACUGGAAAUCGGGGAAGGUGCUGAUGAAUUUGUGUGAUAAURUUAAAGGUUUCGUGUGUUSACUUACAAUCAUGAGAUUUUGAACGAAAGUGC